AUGCCCUGGCUUUGUUCCCACGCGAUCGUCGCGGGGCACCGAGGUUUCCAGAUCAGCUCCGAGGCCUGCGCCUCCAGUCGGCAUCAGCCUGAUGUCGUACUCAAGGUUGAGUACCUGCCACCCAUGACCACUGUCUUUCCCAAGACGACACAGCUAUCAAGGGCCGUUGCGUCUGGGUAUCCUCCUGGGCACUCGCCGAGUAAAAGGGAUUCUGAGUUUGGCAGCCUGUGGGCCUUUGCUGUCACGUCCCAAAACGCCGUCAGUGCAGUUGAGGCGGCUCUUCAGCACCAGCCUGAUGCAGCUAUUCGUGAGGCCUGGCUUCGGGUUCCAAUCUACUGUCUUACAGGAGCUACGCUUGCAAGAGUCAAGGAGGUUGGGUUCGUGACUAUCAACCCAUCAGACACCUCUGGCUCUUCGUAUGACGCUGAUCCUGCCUCACCUGCACCUUCAUUCGACAAUGCUGCUCAAUUAGUCGACUUUUUGAUCUCCUUCAAAUGGCCCACCUCUGUCACUUCUGCCAGCAGCACAGUGCAAGUCAGCAACCAUUCUACGCGACACGAGACUGAGCCUACGAGCGAUGAUGCUGACCAGCCCUUCGUGGAUCCCACCUCUUCUCCCAAGUUGUGGUUUCUGACAGGCGAGACGCGGAUGAAGACCCUUGCUGAGAAGUUAUCCGCCUACCAACGAGCAUUCCAAGAGGUUGUUGUCUAUGAGACGGGACCACGACCUGGCUUUGAGGAAGAGCUGUCGCGGUGGUUCGCCGAUAAUCUAGACUUGCAUUCUGAAGACGACAUCGCAAGCCAUGGUGUGACUGAGCGUCGAGACGUUGAAGCACAGAUCAAAACGGCCACCGCGACAGACAAACCAACCAAUCUGUGGUUGAUUGGGUUCAGUCCUAAAGGUGUCGAUCUGACAGUACCGGUGUUGAACAAGUCCCUCGAGUCGUGCCUGUCUUCCACCUCUUCUUCCUUUUCAGCACCAGUGCAGAUCCAGUGGGGGUCAAUUGGGCCAACAACCGCGACUCGAAUUCAGGAACACCUCCUCGCUACCGCCAACAUAUCCAAGUCUAGAUCAAGGGUUUUUCUUUCUUCCAUCAUUGCCGUGGCCAAGGCACCCAAACCCACAGCUUUAGCAGAGGCAAUAGCAUCGCACCCUUCGACAUAA